AUGACCUCUCACCUACUAACCUACCUAAUCAACCCACUAGCAUACAUCGUUCCGAUCCUGCUAGCAGUAGCAUUUUUAACCCUCAUCGAACGAAAAGUGCUAGGCUAUAUGCAACUACGAAAAGGCCCAAACAUCGUUGGACCUUACGGCCUGCUACAACCCAUCGCUGAUGGCAUCAAACUAUUUAUUAAAGAACCCGUGCGCCCCACCACAGCCUCCCCAUUUUUAUUCUUAGCAACCCCCAUCAUAGCACUAACCUUGGCCCUCACCCUGUGAAUACCACUACCAAUGCCCUACCCAGUCGCAGACCUCAACCUAGGUAUCCUAUUUAUUCUAGCCCUAUCCAGUCUAGCCGUAUACUCGAUCUUAGGCUCCGGUUGAGCCUCCAAUUCAAAAUACGCCCUAAUCGGGGCACUUCGAGCGGUAGCACAAACAAUCUCCUAUGAAGUAAGCCUUGGCUUGAUCCUCUUAUGUAUAAUUAUCUUCACUGGCAACUUUACCCUCCACACCUUCAAUAUUACACAAGAGGCAAUUUGACUGCUAGCCCCAGGCUGACCCCUCGCAGCAAUAUGAUACAUCUCUACCCUCGCCGAAACAAACCGAGCUCCAUUCGACCUCACAGAAGGGGAAUCAGAACUAGUCUCCGGCUUCAACGUAGAAUAUGCGGGAGGACCCUUCGCCCUAUUUUUCUUAGCUGAAUACGCCAACAUCCUCCUGAUAAACACCCUUUCCACAAUCCUAUUCCUAGGGGCUUACCACAACCCAAUAUUACCUGAAAUAACAGCACUUAACCUCAUAGUUAAAGCCUCAAUGUUAUCAAUGCUAUUUUUAUGAGUACGAGCCUCGUAUCCACGAUUCCGAUACGACCAACUAAUACACCUAGUAUGAAAAAACUUCCUCCCCAUUACCCUAGCCCUUGUAUUAUGGCAUGUCUCCCUACCAAUUGCCUCUGCUGGACUACCACCACAAAUCUAG